AUGGCUUACAAGUUCUAUUACCAGGAUCAUAAGACCAACUUCAUCUUAGACCAUGCGUGGAGAGCUCUUAGAAACGAUCAGAAGUGGUGUUCUCUUAAUAGAGAUAAAGGCAAAACGCAGACCAAAAGAGCACAGCCACAUGAUUCCGGAGACGUCGGUCCCAGGGAGGAAGAAGAAGAAGCGAGACCGAUCGGUGUGAAGGUAUCAAAGGCUGCAAAGUUGAGAGGAUCCAAGACCGUGAAGAGAACCAACGAAGACAGGGAGGCUGCUAUGAAGAACCUCCAAGCCGUGGCUGCUCUAAGUGAGAAGGAGUUCAGUAACAAGGACAAAGUAGCGGAUAAACAAGUCCUAGCUAACCUCUUAGGAAAAACCGAACCACUUAACGAAAUAGAGAAAGCGCUCAAGGAUAGGCUAAUUAGUCAGAUUUAUUAG